GAAAAUAUGGGCGUGAAAGGAAAGUUGAUUGCUUCAAAGGAGGUGAAGUGUGGAGAACACUUGAUUCAUGACCUUUUUCUCACUAAUUCUCAUCAUAUACCCUACAUAAGUCCUAGUAAGAUCAAUCGUAUUGAUAUUAAUGAAGGUGAAAUAGGAAAAAUUGGUACGAUUAUGAACUGUAGAUAUAAUGAAGAUGGUCAAGAAAAGAUUGUUAAGUAUGUAAUUGAAGCCAUCGAUCAUCACAAGAACUCGAUUAGUCGGAAAGUGAUUGAGGGAGAUUUGUUAGAGUUUUACGGUUCCUUUACAUUUGUAUCAUCUUGUCAACAUCAAUGGGCUACAUGGACAAUUGAGUAUGAAAAGAAAAAUGAAGACACCCCAGAGCCCCUCAUUUUUUUAGGUUUUAUUCUUGACAUGACCAAGGAUAUAGAAGCUCACCUUCUAAAGAAAUAGAAUCUAUGUUGUUCUAUAUUAUAUAUAAUACAAAUAAAUAAGCGUGUGUGUGUCUAGACACAUGUAAAAUAAAUAAAUCUCCUUAUAUGGAUGCAUUUCCAGUGAUCAGUAUAUGUAAGAUAGUAUGCA